AUUGAUUGAAGGAACCGACAGAUAUCGUGAUUCGUACUUUCGCUCAGUUCCCGGUGGAGAGGUCAGUCAACCGAGAUCAUCACAGUCCCUCCAUCUUCUCGCCGAUGUGAUCGAUGAUCGAUCGAUCGAUCAUGGACUCGUGCGCGUCGUGGUCGUCCUCCUCGCCGUCGUCGUCGGAGACUCUCCUGGGGCUUCUCCUCCGAUCGAAGCUGAGCCCCCGGUCCUGCGGCUCCGGCGAGUACGCCCACGAGCUGCUCCGGGAGUGCGCCGCGAGGGAGCUCAACGCCUUCCUGUGGAUCUCCCUCAUCGCCGUCACCGCUUACCUGGUCGGGAAGGUGGUCCGGCUGGCGAGGCUGUGGAUCGGGGGGAGCAGGAUCCCCGGGCCUCCCUCCUCGUCCUUCUACGGCCACUGCAAGCUCAUCUCGAGGGGGAAUCUCGUCGAUGUUCUAUCCAUCCUCCAUGAGAAGUAUGGAGCAGUUGUCAAGCUGUGGUUAGGCCCGACUCAGCUUUUGGUAUCGAUGAAGGAUGAACGACUCGUCAAAGAAAUGCUUUCAAAGGCUGAAGAUAAAUUGCCUAUUGUUGGUAGGACCUUUCAAUUGGCCUUUGGACGAUCGAGCCUCUUUAUGCCCUGUUUUGACAAGGUGCAAAAGAGAAGAGAGUUAUUGGAAGCAGAAUUGAAUAAAAGAUUGCAUGAGAAAGCUGGUGUUGUCUCCACAAAGGUCGUGGACUCUAUCAUGGAAAAGAUGCGUCUAUUAAUGGCCAAAGGAAGUGUGGACUCUAACGUAUUAUCUCAACAUAUGGCGUUCACAGUUUUGGGUGCCACAGUGUUUGGGGAAGCAUUCUUGGGUUGGUCUGAAGUUACCGCCUAUGAGGAAUUGCUCAUGUCAAUUUCCAAGGAUGCAUAUUUUUGGGCUUCAUAUAAUGUCACUCCUUUCUGGAGACGGGAAUUUUGGAGGUACCAAGGCAUGUGCACAAAGUUGAAAUACCUGACUCAAAAGUUUGUUCAACUUUGUGAAAAGAACUAUGAGAGAUGUUGCCACCUCGAUGAGAAGCCUAAAAUUGAUCCGACAGUAGGAAGUUCUCUGGCAUGGUCUCCUGCUCUGAUGCCUGAUAACUUAGUGUCUAAGGAGCUAAAUAGCCAAUUUAAUCCAAGUGAGGAACCAUUUGCUAAUAUCAUGGGUGUCAUGUUUCAUGGAUGCCUGACUACUGCCAGCCUAAUUGGUGAUAUCUUCCUAAGGCUUGCAUCGAAUCAAGAAUUGCAAGAUCAGAUCUACUCGGAGAUUGUUACGGCAAGAAGAUUGUCACAGAAAGAGGACUAUCUACACCUUGAUGAGAUGGUGCUAUUAUUUGCCACUAUUUAUGAAUCUGCUCGUCUUCUCCCAGCUUCGCCUUUGCUGCACAGGUGCUCUCUUAAUGCAGACUUGCACCUCAAAUCGGGUACUACUAUACCUGCUGGAGCAGUAAUAGUUGUGCCUGUGCAGUUGGUACAAAUGGAAGGUUUAAGCUGGAAAAGUGACAGCAGUGAGUUCAAUCCACAUCGUUUCCUAUCAAGGGCUGAAAAGGGUUCUCUUUCAGCACAACUUUCAGGGGCUGCUGAAGAUGGUGUUUCUAAGAAGAGUUCUAAUGUUUUGGAUGAUCCAAGAAACCAUGCAGCAUAUCUUCCUUUUGGUUAUGGCACACGUGCUUGUGUCGGUCAAAAGUUUGUGAUCCAUGGCCUGGCAACAUUAUUUGCAUCAAUGUUGGAGCACUACAAGGUGAGGUUGAAGCAAGGAUGUGAGGGUGAUCUCAAGCCAGCACAUAGUAAGCGUGCUCUUGAACGGCUUCCCAGCCUGGAAAUAGUUUUUGUGAAAAGGAACAUCUGAAAGACAAGGCCACAAUGGUUGUUGUCCAUCACUUAGAGGGGAUAAGUUUUCAAGUUUACUUCUGUCUUGUGUUUUUUUCUCAAAGUCGAUGGGGGGAUGCUUCGCCAUUGACCCGACAACAGGGGAUUUAUACAUGUGAGCGAGUUUCGAAGCUCACGUUUUUUUUCGCUCCCCAUUUUGAAGUAGCCGAAGGUGCCCUCUCUCAUUGUUGGACAUAGAAGCAUGGUUUUUGGAGCACUUGGAGCUAAAUUGUGGCGGCGAAGCGAAGACCCUUCUUGUUCUCUACCCCCGCCACUUGAAUGUCUGUAUUUGGUUUUUCAGUCCUCUCUUUCGUCUGGUUUUUCACUCUCCCUUGAGGAGAGAUGACGUUGUACUUUAAUCCCCUCUAUCAUUGUAUUGGGCAAUAAACUAUACAUUCACUGUACCCUUGUGUAACGUAUACUUGUAACAAACUUGGCUUUCUUUAUACAACCGUUGAUAAGCUUAUUAAGGA